AUGGUGCUGCUCAGGUCGCCCGCCCUGGCCGCCUGGAGGCGCCUGCGCCCGCCGGCCCGCCUCGGCCCCCACGCCCUCGGCGCCGCGCAGGCCCGGGCGGCCUCCGCUCACUGCGCCACCGCCGCGCUCUCCGGGCCCCCAGCGGGGCCCCCUGUGGCGCCGAGGCCCGCCAACGAGGACUGGGCCAGCUUCAGCGUGGAGCAGUGGCGGUCCGCGGCGUACUGCUCGAAGAGCUUCUUCGCGCAGCUCUCCGAGGACACCACGGACUUCAUCGGCGGCCUCUGCGACGAGCUCGGCGGGGCGGGCGAGCACGGCCCUCUGCUGGUCGAGGUGGGCUGCGGCACCGGCGAGGCCCUGCUGCCCCUCUCCGUGGGCGUGGGCGCCCGCUGCCGCUUCGCGCUGGGGAUUGACUUCAACCCCGCCUUCAUCAGCUACUGCCGCGAGGCCGUGCCCGAGGAGUGCCGCAGCCGCGUGAAGCACCUUGUGGGCGACGCCACGGACCUCGUGGGCCUGUGCCACCGGGAGCUCCCGGUCGAGUGGCACGCCGAGGGCCGGCCCAAGGUCGUCACUUGCGUCGGCAACACGAUCGGCAUCAUGCCGCAGGAGGUCCGCGCGAAGGUGUACCAGCAGAUGAUGGAGCUCGCGGGCACCGACGGCUACAUGGUGGUGGUGUACUGGAACGGCAACAGGUUCGGGGACGCCGUGCAGAAUUUCUACCACAAGAACCCGCAGCUCUGCGGCGAGUUCACGGGAGCGAGCGUCGACUUCGACACCUGCACGCUGACGACGCCCAGCGGCUACAGCACGCAUUGGACGAAGCCAGAGGAGGCUCGCCACAUCUUCGAGACGGAGAUCGGCGCGCGGGUGGUGAAGCUGCAGGAGAGUGGCAACGGCGUUCUGGUCGCCGGGCGCAGGAUGUGGCCCUUUUGA